CGACGAAGAAGAAAACGUGGAACUAAGGAAGCUAACGUUAGCUCAUCAGCUAACAUGGCAAACCAGUGAUAGGAAAAAAACAGAUAAAAAGCUAUUAUUGCGGAUGUAAAUAACAAGCUGUGUCUCUUAAAAGGCAUUUGAUCUGCUGUUUCUUUCAACACUCGGUGGUAUACUGUCAAAUUAAAAAGCAGGUCCAGCCAUGCUGCUCCAGUUUGUGUAUAGCAACCAGGACUUCGUCGCAGAUGUGCAUUGGAGCAGUGGCAGAAGAGUUGGGAUUGAAUCAACGCCAGCAAAAUUUGACACGACCAUCCAAGCCGGCUGGACUGACAGGAUGAACCGUGGACUAUUCCGCUACCACCUGGGUGAUUUACAAACACGUGUCCUGCCGGGCGCGCAUGGCUAUGUGGCCCAGCUGAAUAUUCAAAGAGGAAUAGAGAGAAGAAAGCCUCAGGAGAUACUGAGCAUUCAGCAGCAGUUUAAUGCCAAACAGUUUAAUUUUAACAAAAUCAAUCCAGAAGAAAUCAUAUUUGAGAUGAUAAAGGAUACUGAGGGAGGAAAUGAAAUAGGUCAGUUGCAUCAACCCAGCAGGAUGGUUGUGCUGGUCAAUGUCAGCCCUUUGGAGUUUGGACAUUGUCUCUUUGUUCCAGAUCCUUCACGCUGUUUCCCACAGAUCCUGACAAGGUCCGCUGUCAGUGUUGGCAUUGAAGCAGUGCUGCUGAGCUCCGAGCCUGGCUUCCGUGUGGGCUUCAAUAGUCUUGGAGCAUUUGCGUCAGUCAAUCAUUUACACCUACAUGGGUAUUACCUGAAUCACGAGCUCAAGAUAGAAUCCAUGCCAGUCAAGCCGCUGGUUCCUGAAAAGGGGUUUUAUCGGUUGUUGGACUUUCCUGCUGGCUUUUUGUUCUACACUGAGUCAGAGGGGGUGGAGGAAGUUACAGGAGCUAUCUGUCAACUUACGGACUUUCUUGUGGAGGGUAAUAUUGCUCACAACGUGUUCUUGACUAGAGGAUGUCCGCCAUCUGAUUGCAUACAGAACAAAAAGGAUCUUUGUUCAAGAAAAGGUGUUCGCAUCGCUGUUUGGCCUAGAACAUCGAGUUUUGGUGCCAAGGAGGAGUCUGCCUUCAAUGUUGCUCUCUGUGAGCUGGCUGGACAUUUACCAUUUAAGAACAAGAAGGACUAUGAGCUCACUACUGAGAAAGAUGUCAUGGAUAUCAUCCAGACGUACCUUCUACCUGACACAGAGUUUCACAUGUUGGAACAGAAGCUCACUCUUCAUUUGAGGGAAUUAUAAUGUAUAGCCAUUAAAUCUUGUGCUACAGUAGGUUAGAAGCUACACAUUCUUCACAUGUUCUGAACACCUGUAGGUGUUUGGUGACAUCAGUUACGAAAAUCAAGAUAUUUAAACUGGAUAAAUCUUUGGAACUAUGCUAAAUCUCCUUUCCUGCACAAAGUACCUUCUUACAAAGACAUAUGUAUCAGUGACUUUAAAUUAAAAGUAAUAGAUGUGCUGCAUUAUGUGAAAAUGUGAAACAAGAUACUUGUCAAAGCACAUAUAUGUUAGAUAGACAUAAUGCAACAGGCCUACAAAUCCACUACUGCAAAUAUUAUUUGUUUCUGUGGUCGCUUUUAACAGGAAGGCAUUAGCUCCUUUUCUUUCAAUAAAGGAUGGUCCAGUGUACACUUUGCUAAGUGUUGCAGAAAGGAAGAAUUGAAGCAUCUCUUCCUAGCACUUAGAGACUUCGACCAGCUCAUCUAAUGCUGUGGAUCAUCUCAUUAAAUUAAGAUCUCAUGAAAUUGAUUUUAUAUUUCUUUUUCAUGCUGGUUCCCUGGCAUUGGUAAUGUUAUUUGUUACACCUGUGCUUUUCCUAUGAAGACAAGUCAGCAUAUCUGUUAUAUAAGAGGCCUAUAAUGUAAUUCUCUAAUCUCUACAUUUUUCAGGCAUUGAUAGCCUUUUUAAAUUGAGAGUUAAGUAUAAUAUUAAAUGAUCAUUUAAUACCCAGAACAGCAUGAGGCUGAUGUGAGAGGAUUUAACAUAUUGGUAAAUGUUUGCGAAACAGAAUGUUGAAAUCAGGCUUUUCUCUUGUAGCAAAGAGAAACAGUGACAUGUGACCUUUCAACAAAAGAUUUGUGUAAACUGUAAAUCACUGAGGAUGGUGACAGUGUUUGUGUGAGAUUUAGAAGGACUCUUGGAGCAAAAAUAUUUUUAAAAAACACCAUAAAAACUAGACCUGCAAACAGCUAUUAAUGGGUUCCAAGCCGCCCACGCAAGUCUGACUUGGCAGCCCGUGGAAGCAAUGCAAGUUGGGCAUGCAGGCCCUCAUGAGAGACGCAAGACACAGGUUGAUAGCCACUUUGAUUUUUGAUCAUUUGGAUGCUCUGAGCAACAGUCAAUGCCAAUUGGACUGACGUACUAAGAUGAGUUGGAAAAAGGAGGUCUGGCAAAUAUUUUCAACUUUUUAAAAAAAGUGUCACCUAGUGGCUAACAUGCAUACUACUUGCCCCCAGUUUCAUUUCAAUCUAACCAAACUUUGUGGAGAUAUGAUAUCACUUGUUUUGUGUAUUAAAGUAAAAGGUACACCUGCCUGGCAAAAUUAAUAAUUAAUUUGACCAGGUGGACCUAAUAACUGGACAGGUGUACCUAAUAUUUUUUACUGAGUGUGCCUAAUAUUUAAGCGGGGUGUACCUAAUAUUUUGGAAAGGCAUACCUAAUAAAUUGGACAGAUGCAUUGUGCUUGCUGACUCACUGUCACACUGUUAUGAUUUACUGAUAUUCGUAACACCGGUGCAUUUCCUGCUAUGCCGAGUGAGAGUGACUGCUGUGAUACAGGCCUAUAAACAGGGGCUGUUUAGACUAAGAACAUUGCCACACUCUAUGCACUGCACUGAUAUGUAAAUAUAGUCACCACCUUUCUUUGCUAUUCAUAGGCACUUAUUGUUUCACGCACUAUGCAGCUGGCAUUUGAAUUGACAGAAAAAUAAGCAAAUAUAUCUCAGGAUUGGUUGCCCAAAAAUUAAUUAAUUGAAGGCCAUGUGUACCUUUUAGGAUAAAUCUUAAUGGGAAAAGUACACUUGCCCCUCCCUUAUUACCAACAGUGACUUUAAAGCCAUUAAAAUAUUUUUUCUCCCGUGAUAAACCAAGAUAAUCCUCUUUCAAAUGUUCUUUUGUGUAUGAAUGUUAUUUAUGACCUUCCAGAUAUCUCCAGCUAAUAAAUAGAACAAAACUAAAAACAAACAAAAUGUUUUUUUCCCCCAGGCAUGGGUAAAACACAUGUUCCACAAAUAAUUCAUUUCAUGUUUUAUUUGUUUAACUUGCUGUCAAAAGUUGCCUCCACGUGUCUCUCCCUUUAUUCUAAAGAAAUUUCAAGAUACCAAAGCUACUUCAACAAGCCUGACAGUGGAGCCUCAGAUCAAGGAGGAUCAAUGCUCCACAUCAUCCCUGAAGAGCACAUCAUCUGCCAGAAUUACAUCACCAAGGUAGCAGUGCUCAGCCGAGCAGUGAGAUCAAUGAGCA